AUGAGCUGCGAGCUUACGACAUGGCCCACCCAAGAAGCCCCUCAGUAUCACGCUAUAUCAUACACUUGGGGUGACGUCAGCGCCACGAGAUGCAUCAUUAUCAACGGCCAGCAGGCGUCGAUUGGUGAAAACUGCUUCUAUGCUCUGACGCAGGCAUAUUCAAGUCGUCUCGACGACGAAGACGAAUGCCAUUUCUGGGUCGAUUCCAUCUGCAUGAAUCAACAGGAUGUUGAGAAGAACCAUCAGGUUAGAAAGAUGGGCAACAUCUACUGA